AUUUCCUUACAAGUUUUAAAACAUGUUUUAAUGUACAUACUGUUUACAAAAAAAUUUUUAAAAAACAUAUUGUACUUUUCAGAAAAAUCAUAUGUUUUUCAAGAAAAUGUGUCCGAAUCGUUAUUAUCAGACGAUUCAGAAAAAUCGAAUAAAUUAUCCCAAAAUUCUAAUAAAAAACGUUCAAUGGAUGAAAUAUCGUCAACUUCAAAAAGAUUAAAAUGUAUAGAAAAUAAUUGGGAGCAUAAAGGUAACUAGAUGAUUGACUGAAAAUUAAUUAAAUAAUAAAAUUAAAUAAAUUAUAAAUAAAUAAUUAUAAAUAAUAAUAUAAAUAAUAAUAAUAAUAAUAAUAUUAAUUAUAAGUAAUUUUUAAAAGAUGUAUUGUACUUUUUAGAAAAAAAAAAAAUUAUAAAUUACAUGUUUUUCAAGAAAAUGUGUUCGAAUCUUCAUUAUUAGACAAUUCAGAAAAAUCUAAUAAUUUAUUUCAAAAAAAGAAAAUUCUGGGAAAAUAGUAGAAAAACGAUUUUAAAAAAUAGAAAAUGAACUGGCACUUCUUAGAGGAUCAAUUUUAAAAUUAACGGUAGACGUUGAAAACAUUUUGGCCAUUUUAAAAACGCAUAGAGUUCAAACAAAAUCUUUGUCAGAAGAUGAAGAAGACAAACAAGACAUUAUGCAAUUCCCGUGCAAUAAUAUGGAUCAAUUUGAUCAAUUUAAUGAAAAAUUAAAAACAAAUAAAAAAUUCAAAAAAAAUUGAUGACGUAUCACGUGAUUGCGAUCACCGGGAAGGUUCCUCGGAUUUAGAGCGCGUACACAGGGACCCUAGCACAGGAUACUAGGAUUCUAGGAUAUAGAGAUCAAGUGACUCCCGAGAACCGCCUUCGACUUGACGUGUUCCCUAUCCGCAGGAGAGUGCCGGUACGGCGCGCUUUUCCGGAGCUCGCCGGCCCCGUCGCAUGAUCUUUCGGCGGAUAUCCGGUACGCUAGCGCCUAACUUGGCGCGCAACGCCGCUACUCGCGGACCGACGACGAUUUAUUUUAUAAAACGUUCAAUUGAUGAACGCCGUGCAUUAUCCCGUAAUAUUGGAACUGUAAUGCGUAAAUGUAUGUUCCAAGAUGCGGCAAAAAAUUAUACCGCUAUUAAACAAGUAGCCGGUAAAAAAGUUUUUAAAGAAACGGAAUUUUAUAAAUAUUUAGAAGAUGCGGUAUUAUCACGAUUAAAAAAAAGCAAGCAGAUUGUAUUAAAUGAAAAACAAUUUAAAGAAGCUAUACAGAGCGUGUUAAACAAUGUGAAAGAUUGGAAUGGGAAACGGACGGAACGUCGGAGAAAUGCAAAUUUCAACAAUAACAUGAUAGAAGAGCAAGAUGAAGAACAAAAUAAUAAUUCCUCUGAAGAGGAAAAUAAUAAUAUUAAUUAUGAAUAAAAAAAAACAAUUACAAUGUCAUG